AUGACAUCUAUCUACCAUGGAACCAACACUGCCAAUGGUGCAAACAGCAACAUGAAACCUUCCUUUUCUUCUUCUGGUGGACAAGUUCAGCAACGCAAGGACAAGUUGGAAGAAGUUUGUGCUGCACAGCGUGGUCUCAAGAUUGUCAAAAAGUCCAAGUGGCAGGUCGGUGGUUCUGGCUAUGGCUCUGGAUUGUACAAGAAGAAGACAGUUGUCCGCUUUGAAGAUGUCGAUGGCAAUAAGGUCCCCGUUGCCAAGAACUUUGCCAAGAAUGAAUAG